CUAAUCUUACUUUUUUUAUCUUUCUUAAUUUCUGGGUAUCUCUCUCUCUCUCUCUCUCUCUCUCUGGAGAAACGAAACUCACACCGUUUCGAUUCUUCCGUCAAAGCUCUCUCUUUUUUUUUUGCCGCCGGAUCAACUCUUCCCCGGCGACCCAACACAGCAAAACCUCUUACCUCAACUUGAUCUCUUUCAUCUGCGUUGUCCCCAGUUUAUAAAAAGUCACUCCCUUUCAAAGGUUGUUCGGAAGUUUCUGUAUCUGGGUUUGGUUUUGUUUGUUUCUUCUCGGAAGUGUUUAUAUUGCUAAACUAGUUUCUGUGUUUGGUUUGAUUUAUCUAAACUCCGGCUAAGAAAAAAAAGUGAUAAAGUUUCCAUUUUUAUCAGGAACAAAGUUUGGAACCUUAAUUGCUUUUUUUUUUUAACUAACAAUGGCGGAACCUGCUGGUGGUGUGGCACGAGGGAUUCAAAGCCUAAUAUCUGCAAGGAACUCUCUAAAAUCGAGUCUAGAGAAGUCUAAAGCCAUCGGUUUAGCUCUAGAGAAAACCUCUCCUAGGUUCGAUGAGAUUGAGCAGAGACUACCCUCUCUCGAAGCCGCGGUGAGGCCGAUACGAGCAGACAGAGAAGCUCUCGUUGCUGUCGGCGGACACAUUAACCGAGCCGUUGGUCCCGCAGCUACCAUCCUCAAGGUGUUCGACGCGGUUCACGGACUCGAGAAGUCUUUGCUAUCAGAUCCCAAGAACGACCUCUCCAGCUAUCUCUCGGUCCUGAAGCGGUUAGAGGAAGCGUUGAGGUUUCUCGGGGAGAACUGUGGGUUAGCUAUCCAGUGGUUGGAGGAUAUCGUUGAGUAUUUGGAGGAUCACAGUGUUGCUGACGAGAAGUAUCUCUCGAGUUUGAAGAAGUCUUUGAGAGGGCUUAGAGAGUUUCAACAAGACAAAGCUCGUCUCGACGGUGGGCUUAAGGAUGCUGCUUUAGACAAGCUGGAGAACGAGUUCAGGAGGCUGUUGCAGGACAACAGCGUCCCGCUUCCGAUGGCGUCUUCAUCGUUAGGUGAUCAACCUUGCAUUGCACCGUCUCAGCUGCCUGUGACUGUGAUCCACAAACUGCAAGCUAUCCUCGGGAGGCUCAGAGCGAACAACAGACUCGACAAGUGCGUCUCGGUGUACGUGGAAGUGAGGAGCUCUAACGUUAGAGCUAGUCUUCAAGCGCUUGACCUGGACUACCUAGACAUAUCUGUCAACGAGUUCAACGACGUGCAGAGCAUAGAAGGUUACAUAUCUCAGUGGGGGAACCAUUUGGAGUUUGCUGUUAAGCAUCUGUUCGAAGCAGAGUUCAAGCUCUGCAACGAUGUCUUCGAGAGGUUCGGUUCCAAUGUCUGGAUGGAUUGCUUCUCCAAGAUCGCUGCUCAAGCCGGGAUGCUCGCGUUUCUACGGUUCGGUAAAACCGUUACCGAUAGCAAGACGGAUCCUAUCAAGCUUCUGAAGCUGCUAGACAUCUUCACUUCGCUAAACAAGCUGAGAGCAGACUUCAACCGUCUCUUCGGCGGACAAGCUUGUGUUGAGAUCCAAAACUACACGAGAGAUCUCAUCAAGAAGCUGAUAGAUGGUGCAGCGGAGAUCUUCUGGGAGCUUCUGGUUCAGGUAGAGAUUCAGAAGCAGAUCCCUCCGCCUAGCGACGGUGGUGUCCCUAGGCUGGUCAGUUUCGUGACUGACUACUGUAAUAAACUUAUAGGAGAUAAGUACAAGUCGACGCUCACUCAGGUUCUGCUUAUACACAAAAGCUGGAGGUCAGAGAGGUUCCAAGAGAACCAGCUUACGGUUGAGGUGCUGAGGAUAAUCAAAAUGAUUGAGCAGAACAUGGACGCGUGGAUGAAAGCGUAUCCGGAUCAAACGCUUGCUCAUUUCUUCGGUAUGAACAACCACUGGCACCUAUACAAGAACUUAAAAGGCACGAGGAUAGGAGAUAAGCUGGGAGACUCGUGGCUGAAGGAGCAUGAUCAGUACAAAGAGUAUUACGCCACCGUCUUCCUUAGAGACAGCUGGGGUAAGCUCCCUAGCCAUCUGAGCAGAGAAGGGCUUAUACUAUUCUCAGGUGGACACGCCACGGCUCGUGAUCUCGUCAAGAAGAGGCUCAAGUCUUUCAACGACGCGUUCGAGGAGAUGUAUAAGAAGCAGUCCGCGUGGGUCGUACCUGAGAAAGAUCUGAGGGAUAGGGUUUGUCAGCAGAUUGUUCAGGCGGUUGUACCGGUUUACAGAAGCUAUAUGCAGAACUACGGGCCGUUGGUUGAGAAAGACGCGAGUUCGAGCAAGUACGUGAGAUACACUGUGGUGGCUUUGGAGAAGAUGCUGAGCUCUCUUUACGUACCUAGGCCUAUGAGAUAUGGGAGUUUUAAAGGAACACCGCCGAGUGAGAAACUCAAGAGCGAUGUUGACCUCAGACGUACUACUUCCGCUGUUGUCUGAUUUGAAUGUUUGUGAUCGUAAUUGUGUCUGCUCUUCUUCAGUGGAGAAGCAAGAUGUGUACUCCUUUUUUUAUACGUAUAUAAAUACUGUCAGAUCAGGUAUAGUUUCAUUUAUCUCAUAAGAUGUCAUGUUAGGGGGGGGUUAAGAUUAUUCUAUUUAAUGUUAUAACCAGAAGAUCAGCAUGUUUUCUUGUGUUCUUUAGUUGUUGUACUUCAUUUGUGAUCGUUUAUGGAUUUUCAGAUCAGCAUCA